GGCUUAUAUUGACCUUUAGGCCUCUUUGCAAUGAAAGGGUGGCCGAGGUUGCCGCGCCCCGCUUCGGAGGGAGCCCGGCGUCCGGUGCCCACCCCGGGGUCCGGGUGGUGCGGUCCGGGACUGGCUGUGGGCCCCUCCGAGCUCCGCGCUCGCCCCCAAGCUGGGAAGCGCGCCGGAUCCAGCCCCCGGGUCGACUCCCCGUGACCUCCAGGAUGCCAGAGGCCAAGAGCUCCAGUCAGGACCUCAUGCGACGGAAGAAGAAGCAGCCGGUGCGCCGCACGGUCAGCCACAUCUGCCCGCCUCCGCGGCGGCCCCUGACCGUGGCCGACAUCCGGCCGGGAAUGGAGAACGAGAGGCUGGGGGUCGUGCGGGAUUCCAUGUUUCAGAACCCGCUCAUCGUCAAGGCUGAACUUGGGAAGCCCCGGGAAAGAAGCUACAGUCUGCCUGGAAUUAAUUUUAAUUAUGGACUCUACAUCCGGGGGCUGGAUGGAGGGGUCCCCGAAGCCAUUGGACACUGGAAUGUAUUUAAGCAGCAGCCCACCUGUCCCCACGAGCUGACCCGGGAUUACAUUGCCAUGAACCGUGGGGCAGUGAAAGCGGGUCUGGUAACUGCCCGGGAGAACCUCCUCUACCGUCAGCUCAAUGACAUCCGCAUCAGCGACCAGGAUGACCGGCGCCCCAAGAAGGAGCCACCCUCUCUCCCUCCCAACAUGACCUUUGGGAUCCAGGCACGGCCGUCCACCCCCUUCUUUGACCUGCUGCAGCACCGGUACCAGCAGCUGUGGGUGCAGGAUCAGAAGGCCACCCAGAAAGCCAUCAAACUGGAGAAAAAGCACAAGGUGACCCUCGGGAAGCUGUAUGAGACCCGAAGCAGCCAGCUGAGGAAGUACAAGCCGCCGGUGAAGCUGGACGCCCUCUGGCACAUGCCCCACUUCCAGAAGGUGGGUCCCCAUCUCGACACCUUCCCCACGGAGGCCGAUCGGCAGAGAGCAUUCAGAGCCCACCGGGAAGAGUGCGCCGUGCGCCAGGGCACCCUGAGGGCGGGCAACUACACCCACCCUUAGCGCU